UUUUGGUAAUAUCCAACAUUUUCUAUAUACAUGUACAGGAACAAUUCUGUUCACAAUUAUCUGACCAUACAGUAUAACACUAGAUACAGCUUUCUUAUAGGCUCUAUACUCAGUCUCUGGCUAUAUACUGCUAUAUCAAUCUGUGCACUGUGUCCUUGUGUCUAUUGGUCUGGAAUUAAAAAGUACAGUAUUCUAUAUAGUAUCGGAGAGAACAUGCACUGCACCUGGUUGGUGCUGCUACUGACCCUAGCUACUGUUACCAGGAGUGAGCACUAUCACAUUGUGCCAGUGGAUUCAACUGACUUGUGUAAUGACUAUCGAAAUGGAAUUUGUUUCACUCUUGAGCAGCUUGUUCAAACAGACCUGUUAUCUGGUGGAGACAAUCUCACCUUGAGCUUUCUACCUGGAGAUCAUAUAUUAAGUGAAAUACUUUACAUUCGUAAUUUUGGAGAGGUGACUAUUGCUGGCCAAAAUGCCACUAUCAAUUUAAACAAAACUGGUAGAGUGCAGUUAUCCGAUAUCAGUGCGUUGAGUAUCGAAGGUUUGCAUUUCACUGGAGCAGUUGACGAAAGUAGUUCAGGCUAUACAUGAACAUUUCUCAAUGCUAUUUGGUAGACUUAAAAUUGCUAAAGUUGGAAGCUUGUACACUCUGGAUCACUCGUACGGUAACUGUGACGAUUGAACAAGUUCUCUUUGUGAACAACACUUGCACUUACAGAGCAUUGACUGUUGAGGCUGAUAUAUACUGUGUACAUUGAAAAGAGUGACUUCUUGAGUAACGAUGGCGGUGCAGUGAACAUUGAAUCAAGUCAAACUGUUAUUAAUGGUUCAAGGUUCGAUUCCAAUACUGCUGUAUAAUUAUGGUGGAGCAGUGUUUGUGGUCUCUGCAAGUGUGACUAUCAGUUGGAGCAACUUUACAAAUAAUAGCGCUUAUCAUAAUGGUGGAGCGAUUAGUACUUCGGCAGUUAAUGUUUCAAUCAGUUUCUGUAACUUUAUGGAUAAUAUCGCUGAAUAUGGUGGAGCAAUUUAUAGCCUGAAUGGGAGUGUCUCAAUCUCUGACAGUGAGCUAGCGUACAACAGUGCUGAAAUUGGUGAAGCAAUUUUGAUUUUUAGUGGAGAGUUACUGAUAUCUGAUAGCGAGCUAACAAACAGCAAGGCAGCCUCUGGUGGAGCGAUUAUACUUUUCAUAGUUAAUGCAUCUAUCUUGAGCUGUAAUAUAACGGACAAUGAAGCUGUAGUUGGUAAUGGAGGAACUAGCGCUGGUGGAGCGAUUUUGGCAUUGAUUGGAACUAUAUCUAUCUCCAAAGUCAUGAUUAAAAAUAACAGUGCUGACUUUGGUGGAGUGUUUUUUGUUGCUGAUGUGCCUGUGAUCAUUUCCGACUCUGUGCUCACAAACAACAGAGCCACCAAACAAGUCGGAAUGAUUGCGCUUGUUAUCUCAAGUUUGAUAAUUACUAAUACAAGCAUAUUUGACAAUUUAGAGGGUGAAAAUAUCAUUUACGCAGUGUAUUCUAACUUGUCAUUUACGGGAGUUAACACCGUUAGCAAUAAUGUAAACCCUGUGUAUGCUCUAAGCAGUCGAGUGGAGUUCAAUGGACCCACAACUCUCAGUAACAAUCGUGGUGUGCAGGGUGGAGCCAUCAGAGCAGUCCAGAGUCAAAUCUAUAUCAAUGCAGAAGGAGUGGUCAUUUCUAACAAUACUGCUACUGUUGGAGGAGGUGUGUUUCUGAGAGAGAGCACACUCUCUAUUCACUAUCCAAUAGAGAUUUCUCAUAACACAGCACAAAAUGGUGGUGGGAUUUAUGCAUACUCAAGCGAAAUUGAAUUUGAUUCGAAGGUCACUACUGGUUGUAUAUUUAAUAAUAACUUUGUCCCAUGUACAUGUAGUGACAUAGAACCUGUACUGUUUGUGAGUAUUAUAGAUCGAAAUGAUGCUCAAAAUGGAGGAGGUAUUUAUGCAGUCGCUUCAAACAUUAAGGCCUUUUCUCACGCUCACAUCCACAUCAAGUCAAACUCAGCAAACAAUAGCGGAGGUGGAAUGUAUCUACAACAAAGUUCCAAGAUAUAUUAUUCUGAAACAGGACUUGGAGCUAGAGCUUGGUAAAACGCUGGUCAUACUAGAAAUCUACGGUAACACGGCUCAAUAUGGAGGGGAGAUAUUUGUGGCAGACAGUACUGAGAGUGGUGUGUGUAGAGGAGAGGAUGUAACUACUGCACAAGAUCUGCCACAAACAGAGUGCUUCAUUCAAACUCUAGAUCUCUAUGGUUUUGAUAACAAUUCUAUUAAGGCUGUGAUACCUUUCUUGUCUUCUGGAUUUAAUGAAGAAGUUCAGUGUUUGAACAAUAUUUACGGAGGUCUGUUUGACAGGUGUACGGUGGAUGUAUCAGCCGAACUCUCUUCAUCAGACAAUGGAUUUGAGUACUUGAACAAUACUGUGUUAUUCAUCAAUAGCUUCAAAGGCUGUCAGAGUGAAGUUGUGUAACACCACCAAGCAAACCAUUUCUGUUAGAAAAGGACAAGCAUUCACAAUAAGUGUUAUGGCUAUAGACCAAGCUGGAAAUCCAAUGAAUAAUGCCAAAAUUCACAGUUCUGUUAUCACUGAGAGUGGAGUUGAUCGUCUCAAAGAAGGACAAGCACAGCAAGAAACAGUUGGCAAUCAGUGCACAGAAUUAGAGUAUAAUGCAUUCUCACAAGACAGUUCUGCUCAAGUGGAACUCUAUGCUGAUGGUCCAUGCAACAAUUUGGGAAUUUCAAGACAUAUUCUAAACAUAUCUUUUCUAAAGUGUGAUCAGUCCUCAAUUGAGUGCAAGUGUGACUGUGAUCCAGUAUUGCAGCAAGAAUAUCAGAUAACAAACUGCUCUGAAAAAAAUGGGACCAUAAAAUUGGAAAGUAAUAACAACAUAUGGAUAGGAGUGACUAAUACCACUAACGGAAGUGGGUAUGUUGUUAGUAACUGUACAUUUGACUAUUGUGUACUAAAACCAGUCAACAUCAGUCUAAGCAACCCUGACGAACAAUGUGCCUACAAUCGAAGUGGUGUCUUGUGUGGAGAAUGUGAAUCAGGACUGAGUCUUGUGUUAGGUACUUCACGAUGUGAACUCUGCUCAAACACUUACCUUCUCCAGCUACUCCCGUUUGCCCUGGCAGGCAUAGUACUAGUCGCAUUUAUUCUCGUUUUCAACAUUACCGUAGCAACAGGCACUAUCCAUGGGCUGAUCUUCUACAAUAAUAUAUUAGCUGCAAAUCAGUCGAUUUUCAUACCUUUUCAUAACCCUUUGACAGUUUUCAUAUCGUGGGUGAAUCUUGAUUUAGUCAUUGAGACAUGCUUUUAUGAUAGAAUGAACUCUCAAGCAAAAGUGCUCCUUCAGAUUGUCUUUCCUGCUUACCUGUUUCUUCUGAUGUUCUUAAUAAUCAUUUUGAGCAAGUACUUUGACUUAUUUGCAAAGCUCCUCUCCAACAGGAACCCAGUUGCUGCCCUAGGCACACUCGUCCUACUCUCUUAUUCCAAACUCUUACGGUUUAUCAUUGCUGCACUGCAAUACAGGGUCUUGGAUUAUCCCGAGAGUGCAACCAAGGUGUUGGAUUUUCCCAACAAUUCAAGUGAUAUGGUUUGGUUGUAUGACGGCAAUGUGUAAUAUUUCACUCCCGGUCACGUCCCUCGGUUUGUUUUUGCCGCCAUAAUCCUCAUUUCUGGUAUAUUGUUCACUGUACUGCUCUUCUUUAGACAAUGGCUUCCUCGCUGUUCAAAAUGGAAGCUCAUGAAAUGAACUAAGAACACAUACUACAAUGGCUUCAUGGAUGCAUACCAUGCUCCAUUCACUCCCAAGCAUCGCUACUGGGUGGGACUGCUCCUAUUUUCUUUGAUCGCUCAUAAUCUAAUAACUGCCUUGGCUUUGGACACUUCUCUCCCCGUACUAUCAGCUGGAUCUAUAACUGUUGGACUGAUUGUUUUCAAAUUGCAGAAUUAUCCAGUGUACAAAAUACGAUUCAAUGAUUUACUGGAAACACUCUUUUUCCUCAAUCUUGCAAUUCUAGCGUAUGGUACCCUCUACAUAGGAAGCAUCAAUGGGAAUCAAGUCAUAAUAUCCAACAUUUCAAUGGCAGUGGCUUUUAUUUUGUUUGUGGUGAUAGUUUGCUACCAUUGUUACGAGUACACGUUGAAGAAAGUUCCUGUUCUGCAAAACUCACUCAAACUGAGAAAAAGGAUUCCACGAGUUUGCAAACUGGAAAGGCAUGAAAUAGAGAACAAUGAAACCUGGACAAACGUGGACAGAUGUGAUCCGUACACUGAUGAAGCCAUGGAAGAAGCUGACCCUGAUCGUUACAUCACUCCUCCCAUCAUCCGACCUGCCACGAGGCCGGACCAGCUGAGAGAGCCUGCCCUGGACGUACUAGCCCCCCUCACCACAGAGGACUACAGACCAGCCCCUCCCCCUCUUCAAGCUACAGCUGACAAUGCACCCAAAGUCACGCACACUGUCAUCGAUGUCAUGAAACAGUAAACAGUAAACAGUAAACAAAAAAUUACUGUUAUAGCUUGUUUUCAUUGUUUAUUGUGAGCCUGCAUGCAUGCACAAUUAUAUUCAUCGACUUGUUGUGGACUAUGUAGAUUCAGUUUGUAAUGACUUUGCUAGUAGCUAGUUAAUCACUUCAUUAGUCAUUUCCUGUACUCCUGUAUUGUGUACUGUUUAAUUGCACAUGCAUGGGUUCCUAAUACUAUUAUACUUCUUUUAUUUAUUGCUUGUGCUCUAGUAUAGCCAGCGGCCUGCUCCUAGCAGCGCCCUCUGUGUAAUUAUGGGAGCCUCUGCUCCACUGUCUUUGUUGUAGUUAGUAUUUACAGUCUAUGUUAUUGUUUUGUGCAUAUGUUAGUUGAUCUAGUUGAUCUAUGCAUGGUUGAAUCAAUCAUUAUAUUGAACC